AUGCGUCUCUCCACCCUCUUCCUCUCGCUCGUUAGCGUGGCGUCUACAGUUGUUUCAGCGCUCCCGCAGAAGGCUGAACAACCUACCUUCUCUCGCAACGUGAUCUUCUCGCCACCCAGAAACGCCAACUGGACCGACCCUGGUGUGCUUUACGCCCGCAGUGCGCAGCUCCCUGACGGUUCGCUUCUUGCAACAUGGGAGAACUACUCGCCUGAGCCACCAAAAGUUUACUUCCCUAUCUUCAAGUCAUCCGACGGAGGAAAGACUUGGAAGGAGUUUUCGCGCGUUCAAGAUACUCAGAAUGGCUUUGGUCUGCGCUACCAGCCAUUCCUUUACGUGCUGCCCGAGAAGAUUGGUGGUUACAAGGCCGGCACCGUCCUGAUAUCUGGAUCCUCCAUCCCCACCGACCUUUCCACCACGGAAAUCGUCCUCUACGCAUCCAAGGAUGGCGGCAAGACUUGGGAGUUUGUUUCUUCUAUCGCAGCUGGUGGUGAAGCUCGCCCCAACAAUGGUCUGACUCCUGUUUGGGAGCCUUUCCUGAUGAUGAACAAGAAGACCCUCAUUUGCUACUACUCCGACCAGCGAGACAACGCCACCUACGGUCAGAAGAUGGUUCACCAGACUACCACCGACCUCAAGAAGUGGGGACCAGUCGUCGACGACGUCACGUACCCUACCUACACCGACCGCCCAGGAAUGCCUACUGUUGCCAAGCUGCCCAAUGGCAAGUACAUCAUGACAUACGAAUACGGCGGUGGACCAGUCAUCACAGACUCCUACCAGUUCCCUGUCUACUACAAGAUCGUCUCCGACCCCGAGAAGUUCGGCGAGGCUACUGGAAUCAGCCUGAAAUCUACUGAUGGCACUAUCCCUACUGGUUCUCCAUACGUCGUCUGGAGCCCUGUCGGUGGCAAGAAUGGAACCAUCAUUGCCAGCGCUCACAGCGGCACCAACGCUUCUGGCUCCGAGGUCUACAUCAACAAGGGUCUUGGGCAGGGACCUUGGAUCAAGGUCAACACUCCUGAGGGAAGCUCAUACACCAGGCAUCUUCGCAUCCUGAAAGACCAGUCAAAGCUCUUGAUUAUGGGCGGUGGACAGCUGCCACCUAGCAACACUAAUUCGGUCACCGUUACCGUUGUUGACAUCAGCAAAUGGUAG